UUUUGGUCACAGAUUAUGUAACUGCCGACUUGUCGAAUCGAGUAUGUGUGUAUGUAGGGUAAGCAGACCCCAACAGUGGAUUGAACCAGAAACGCCGUUGACGACGAUGUCCUUCCUAGUUCAAGUCUAUAAAACUGGAGCACUUGGGCCGUUCCUUGUUACUUAUGUUUUAAGUUCGAUUACGAUACGUUCGCGGUUGAAGUGGAACGUGCUAGGAUAAGAGUGAUCUUCAAGGACUAAAUAUGAGAUUAGUGAUAGUGUUAAGCGUAGUGGUGGCGGCGUUAGCCGCACCGGAGGGAUAUCAUUAUGAUCCACCGGCUGUUAGCAGUACCUUGUAUUUCCCAUCAGUUCCGAGCUACGUUCCGGAAGUUGAAGAUUGUGUUGAACCAGAAGCUCAUGGACAAGUACAGUUCCAUCAAGAACUUCCCAGUUACUCGCAUGUGCAACAACCUUCUCAUGUGUAUCAAGCUCCCGUGAAGACUACGGUCAUUCAACCGUUGAAAACUCAAGUUACUUACGAAAAGCAGCAGGUGCAAUCUUAUCAGCAGCAGCAGGCAUCUUCCGGAUCUUGGAAGGAACAGCAACAACAGUCCUGGGGGUGGGCCGGCCAGGGAUCUCUGAGUAGCUCGCAGUCUUCAGGAUCCACUGUGUUCGGUAGUGGCAGUCACUCCCAAAGCAGCUAUUAUGUUCAACCUCAGCGAGCGGUCGAAGAAGUCUACAAGCACGUUUACGUGCAUGUUCCACCGGAAGACAAAGAAGAAUACGAAGCACCGCGAGUUAUCCAACCUGUUUCCCACAAGCAGAAGCACUACAAGAUCAUCUUCAUCAAGGCACCGAGUCCUCCAGCGCCGAAGUCAGUUGUUGUGCCACCACAGGCUUCAUCCGAGGAGAAGACCAUCGUUUACGUGCUGCACCAGAAGCCCGAACAUCAACAGGAAGUCAUUGUCCAGAAACCUGAACCUGCCAAGCAGAACAAACCGGAAGUCUUCUUCAUCAAGUACAAGAACCGCAAGGAAGAACACAAGCAAGUCAAAUAUGUCGCUCCAGUAGUCGCCUCUACGUCCAGUGCCAAGUCGGUCAAGGUGGUAGACACCGGGUCCGCUGGAUACAGUUCUGGAUCCUCUGGAUACAGUUCUGGAUCCUCUGAAUCCAGCUACUCGUACGUGAGCAGCACAUCUGCUCCCGUAUCAUACAGCACCGCCAGCUCAAAGAACACCGGUGCUAGCUACUCCUAUGUCAGCAGUACUCCAGCUCCAACCGUAGAAUACUCAGGCCUCGGAGACAUCGGAACUGGCUAUUCGUACGUUAGUAGCACUUCAGCUCCAGCUGUGGAGUACGUCAGUUCAUCCGGGUCCAGUUUGGGAAGCACCGGGUCCAGCUACAGUUCAUUCACCAACGGAGCUGGUGCUGGCUACGAAAGCUACGUAGAUCUUGGAAACAGCGGAUACUCUAGCUUCUCCAGUGGAGCAAGCCUGGGAGUGAUCAACGUUGGAUCCAGCCACGACUACCAGUUUGUGCCCAGCACAACUCUAGCCCCGGUAGUCAAAGUGACUUCGCCAGUUGCAUCCUAUGUGAGCAGUACCCCACACAGUGUCGUCAGCAGCACCAUCGGCUCUGUCGGUGACGUCUCAGUAAAGAACCCCGGUCUCAGCGGUUACUCCAGCCGAACUAGUGGCAGCCAUGGGCAUGUCAGUACCACCGUUGCCACCGUUGCCCCCGUCAAGAAGACUUGCCGUCGAUGCGCCAGCACCACCAGCUCGUCGCUAAAGGUGCAAGACGCGUACGUUUCCAACGUUUAUUAAGGAAACAUUUAGUAGCCAUUUUUUCUAGUAAGUUGAUUCGAUAAAUCGUCUAGGUAAUAAAGAAGCCACAUAGUUACAUAACUCCGAA